GGUGUUGCAUGAUGAUGAUGAGGAUGAUGAUGAUGAUGAUGAUGAUGGCGAUGAUGAUGAUGAUGAGGAUGAUGAUGAUGAUGAUGAUGGUGAUGAUUGCCGGGAUGUCGAGGAGGACCUUGGCAUUAAUUGAUGCUGUACAUCGCGGUCUAUUAUAUGGAUAUGCUACGACGAUGAUGUGAUCAUCCACGUCAUCAUGGAGAUUGGGAGAAGGGAGGAGGACGUGGAAGGAGGAGGAGGAGGAGGAGGAGGAGAAAGUAGUAGGACGUGGAAGGAGGAGGAGGAGAAAGGAGGACGUGGAAGGAGGAGGAGGAGGAGGAGGAGAAAGGAGGAGAACGUGGAAGGAGGAGGAGGAGGAGGAGGAGAAAGGAGAAGGACGUGGAAGGAAGAGGAGGAGGAGAGGGAUGGGACAUGGAAAAGCACUCCGGUUUUGUUUGAAAUGGGUCACAUUGGGUGUUACAUUCUGGUAAGGCGAAUCAGGACGGUUUUUCGGCCAAGGUUCAUCCGGAGGAGAGGGAGGAGACUGAAAAAGAAAAGGAAAAGCGAGAAAUGACAGUUUAUUGAAUGAGAGGAUGAUGUAGCGAGUCGCAUUGGGUUGGGUGUUACAUUCUGAUAAGACUAAUCAGGACGUUAUUUCGGACAAGGUUCAUCCGUGUCAUCUGGGCCGUCGUCUGAGGAAGGUUGUCUGUUAUGAGGAAAAUGGGUCAAGGUGGUUAACGGAUGGAGGAAUUUUUUUGUCCAUUUUUUUGUUGACGAGAGUGGAAUAUCGCAUCGGACUG